GGAGCUUGGAGUUCUGUUUCCGGGUCAGACUAGUCACAGCAACGAGAUGGGGAAGAUGGCGGCGGCGGUAGCUUCGUUGGUCACGCUGGCGACAGAGCCCGGAGAGGACGCCUUCCGGAAGCUUUUCCGCUUCUACCGGCAGAGCCGGCGGGGAACCGCGGACCUAGGAGCGGUCAUCGACUUCUCAGAUGCUCACGUGGCUGGAAGCCAGAAGCCCGGCGUGCCCAAGGUGGUCAGAUUUCAUCUGAAUGUGUCCUCAGUGAGUGAGCAUGAUGCCUGUAGGGCAGGACUUCAGCCCGUGAGCAAGUGGCGGGCCUAUGGGCUCGAAGGCUAUCCUGGAUUUAUUUUUAUCCCCAACCCAUUCCUCCCGGGAUUCCAGUGGCACUGGGUAAAGCAAUGCCUUAAGUUGUACUCCCAGAAACCUAAUGUAUGUAACCUGGACAAGCACAUGACCAAAGAAGAAACCCAAGGUCUGUGGGAACAGAGUAAAGAGUGCCUAAGGUCUAAAGAAGUGAAUAAACGGAGACCACGAAGCUUACUAGAGAAACUGCGCUGGGUCACCCUGGGCUACCACUAUAACUGGGACAGUAAGAAAUACUCAGCAGAUCAUUAUACACCUUUCCCUUCUGACCUGGCUUUCCUCUCAGAGCAAGUUGCUGCUGCCUGUGGAUUUAAGGGUUUCCGAGCAGAAGCAGGCAUCCUGAAUUACUACCGCCUGGACUCCACACUGGGGAUCCAUGUGGACCGAUCUGAACUAGAUCACUCUAAACCCUUGCUGUCCUUCAGCUUUGGACAAUCUGCCAUCUUUCUCCUGGGUGGCCUCAAGAGAGACGAGGCCCCCACAGCCAUGUUCAUGCACAGUGGUGACAUCAUGGUAAUGUCGGGUUUCAGCCGCCUGUUAAAUCAUGCAGUCCCUCGAGUCCUUCCGCAUCCUGAUGGGGAAUGCCUGCCUCACUGCCUGGAGACUCCUCUCCCCGCUGUCCUCCCCAGCGACUCACUGGUUGAGCCAUGUUCUGUGGAAGACUGGCAGGUGUGUGCCGCCUACUUGAAAACUGCUCGAGUCAAUAUGACUGUUCGACAGGUACUGGCCACAGGCCAGGACUUUCCUUUAGAACCCAUGGAGGAGGCCAAAAGAGACAGUACUGCAGAUGGUUUGUGCCAUCUGGAUGACCAGAGUAGCCCAGUAAAACGGGCAAGGUUAAAUCCUGACAGCUAAGACUUAGGGGCUACAUUCUUUUACUCAGGCAGGCUGCUGCCAUGCCCUCUAGCCCCAGACAAG